AUAAUUUAUAUAAUACAUGAGCAAUUUACUCCUAUAAAUUCCAAUGGUCGUUGAUAGAAAAUUUUAAACAUUACCAAAGAGUAUUUCUAAGGAUUGCAAUUAACCAUAAUGGGAAUGGCUGGUUUCACAGUAGCACUGAUGAUGAUAGGAAUGAUAAUAUCUCCUUGUGUCUAUGGAAAAGAGUUCUCCGAUCACCAGGAAAUCAAAGUAGAAAGACUUUUGAAGCGGCUCAACAAGCAUGCUCUUAUAUCCAUAAAGAGCGAAGAUGGUGAUAUAAUAGAUUGUGUUCCAAUACAUAGUCAACCAGCUUUUGAUCAUCCUCUGCUUAAAAACCACAUCAUCCAGAUGAAACCGAGCUUUAUACCCGAAAGUACGUCUACUUACACCAAGAAAAAGAUAAACGCUACUCAGGCGUGGCACAAGAAUGGAAGAUGCCCUAAAAAUACAGUUCCGAUAAGAAGAAUAAAGAAAGAAGAUAUCUUGCGAUCAAAAUCCAUCAAGAGUUAUGGGAAGAAGACGACUCCAAGCAGCCCUCAAGCUACUACGUUUGAUCCAAGUAAAGGCCAUGAGUACGCGGUCAUGAAUUCCAUGAACGGAACGUUUUUCGGGACACAAUUUUCAGUAAAUAUCUGGAAACCAGAAGUUCAAGUUGCCGAUGAGUUCAGCUUGGCCCAGACUUGGCUCGUGUCUGGAGUGGGCACUACUCGUAACACAAUUGAAGCUGGUUUGCAGGUUUAUCCAAGAAUAUAUGGUGAUAAUAAUCUAAGACUAUUUGUUUACUGGACAGCCGAUGGAUACCAAAGUACAGGGUGCUACAACAACGCAUGCUCAGGUUUCGUUCAAAGGAGCAAUCUUAUCACUGUAGGUGGAACCUACACCACCGUCUCAGAAUAUGACGGAGAUCAAUACGACCUCUCCAUGCUUAUAUGGAAGGAUGGCGAAAACUGGUGGCUAAAGGUCGGUGAAGAGCUUGUGGGGUACUGGCCUGGCAAGUUAUUCAAUUCUCUAGGAGAUGGAGCUACCAUAGUUCAAUGGGGAGGUGAAAUCGUUAACUUGGAGACUGGUGGGAAACACACGACCACGGACAUGGGAAGUGGGCAUUUUGCAGAUGAAGGUUUUAAGAAAUCGAGCUAUUUCAGGAAUCUUAUGACAAUCGAUGAAACCAAUACUCUGAUAGAACCACAAGGCGUUUACCCCACGACUGGUCAUGAUAACUGUUACAACAUUAAAGCAGGGGAUGCUGGAAGUUCCUGGGGGGUUAAUUUCUUCUACGGUGGCCCUGGCCAGAACGAGAGAUGCCCUUGAUUUGGAUCUGUGUGCUCAAAGAUUUUGAGUAUUUUACAUGCAUGUCUGCAUGUAUCUGACUAUGAACGUGUGAGUAAGAAAAAUAACGUCAUGGAAGUUAAUUUUAUCUGUGUCUUUGGAUAAUAUGUGUGUACAAGCUUUUCGAAUUUCGCGUGUCUUUAAUUUGAAUAACAAUAAUAAUAUGUUUGAUAAGAUCUUCAGUUUA